AUGAAACUAUAUAUUGCCGUCACACCAUCUCUAGCUAUAUACGACUUUGGCCGCCAUCGCGAGGCAGAAAGUUCAAACUACGGUAACCUUACAACUAGUACUAGAUUACAAUCGAUUGUCAAUGUAGUUCACCCCCACCACCCCCAAUCCUCACCACCCCCAAUCCCCACCACCCCCAAUCUCCACCACCCCCAAUCCCCACCAGCCCCAAUCCCACCACCCCAAUCCCCACCACCCCAAUCCCCACCACCCCAAUCCCCACCACCCCAAUCCCCACCACCUCCAAUCCCACCCCCAAUCUCCACCCCCAAUCCCACAUCACCCCCACCUCACCCCCAACCGCCACCUCACCCCCAACCCCCAACCCCCACCCCAACCCCCACCCCAACCCCCACCCCAACCCCACCCCAACCCCCACCUCACCCCCAAUCCCCACCUCACCCCCAAUCCCCACCUCACCCCCAAUCCCCACCUCACCCCCAAUCCCCACCUCACCCCCAAUCCCCACCUCACCCUCACCCCACCUCACUCUCACCCUCACCCUCACCCCACCUCACUCUCACCCCACCUCACUCUCACCCCACCUCACUCUUACCCCACCUCACUCUUACCCCCACCCUAACCCCACCCUAA